CUGGCAAUUGGAAGGCGUAGCAGAGCAUUCAUCAACGCCAUCUCUUCAUUUUCCCUCAUCUGCUAGGCUGUGCCUCGUCUGUGCUUUCGCCCUCUUUAACCUGCUCUCUUUGCCUGGUGCAACAAUCAGUCCUUCAUUCGUUCCACACCGUCAAGAAAUACAACACACUCCAGGAUGAGUUCGUACGACCAAGCGCCAGCGGUUGCCGACACCGAAGUCACCAACGUCUUGGACAACGUGGACAUUGACAUGGUCAUGAAGGUCCUCACUCAAACUGCUUUCAGUCCUUUCUUCACCUUCUUCGUGCCUAUCUUCUACAUAUUUCAAGGGUACUCCUACAAUAGCAAUGUCGUUCUCGCACCUACUGCGUACUGUGCUGCUAUCUCGGCCUUCUGGGCUUUGAAAUGGCUCUCGAGGUUGUAUAGAAACCAAGCAAGCUUAUUCUUUGCACCGCCCCGUCUGGACUGGGCGGAGGAGAUCGUAGUCAUCACUGGAGGUUCCUCCGGCAUCGGCGAGCUUUUGGCCAACACGCUUGCUGUUCGUAACGUCACCGUCGUCGUACUUGAUGUUAAACCCAUUGUCACCGAAAACUACAACAUCGCCUACUACAAGUGCGAUGUUUCAAAGUGGGAGGAGGUGGAAGCUGUUUCGAAGCAGAUUGUUGAAGAGCUUGGUCACCCAACUAUGCUCAUUAAUAAUGCCGGCGUCGUUCAAGGGAAAUUGCUACUUGACUUGAAACCAGAGGACAUCCAGCAGACGUUCGGCGUUAAUACCAUUGCUCAGUACUACACUCUUAAAGCCUUCUUGCCGGACAUGAUUGAGAACAAAAAAGGGCACAUUGUCACAAUGUCUUCGGUCCUAGGAUUGGUCGGCAGCGCUCAAAUGACCGACUAUUGUGCGUCGAAGGCGGCCCUCGUCAACUUGCACGAAUCUUUGCGUUAUGAAUUGGAUCAUAGAUACAACGCACCGCAAGUCCGGACCACGCUAGUCCUCCCGGGCCACACUCUCACUCCCUUGUUCUCAACCUCCCGUCUUCCGGAGAACCCGGUCUAUAAAUUCUUUGUCCCGUCGCUUCCUCCCGUCACUAUAGUCAAGGCAAUCAUCACUGCCCUCGACUCCCAACACUCGCAAAUCUUACGCUUGCCGUUCUACGCCAACUUUGCUCCUUAUUUGCCUCUGCUGCCAAGCUACCUUCGUGACCUGGGGCAGUGGCUUGCUGGCGCUGAUUAUGCUAUGGAGGGCUUCCAGAAGGUAACGGGACGGCGACCUGAAGAAGGGGAGUUAGCCACCAAGAAGCAUUGAUCAUGGGCUCAUAAGAUUAUUGGUCUCGUUGGAUGUGCACUCUGCGAGUGCUUGUGUUGUAUUGCUUAUGGCUGAAUGAUAGGGCAAUUGAAGUAGCUUUACGGCGUCUGCACUUCCGCGGUCUACGGGUUCAAGUUAAAGCAGUGCUACUCCUGUGCUUUCCGAGACGCCACACAACACGAGUGGCGAGUGCAAGAAGCUCAAAGUAGGCAGGUCAUACUGUCGCUGGUAACGUGCGUGAGGUGUGUAACAAGGGAGUGUAUGCCUACGACAGUCAAGCUUUAUACAGCGAGUGGGCUGGCGAAAGAAGG